GUUUUUGGUUCCUUCCCAUUACCCCCACCCCCAACACCUGUGACCUAAGUCGGCCUGGCCCUGAGACGACCUGGUUACUUAAAGUUCUUUAAUAAUCCAAUUGCCCCAUCCCCGUGGAAACCCUGUAACUUCUUCCCCGUCUCCAGUUCUACAAGUGGUAUUCAUUUCCUCUUUUAAAGCUCCCUCUCUUCCCAUUCUCCCCUUCUUCUCCCAUCAAACUACCUUACUCUUCCAUUCAACAAAACACCUCCUCUCACCUUCAAUUGCUCCCUAAUUGCACCUUACAGCGUCAGCUGUUCAUCUACAUCACCUUUCCAUAGCUAAUCACCCCACAAACUUUCACACAAUGCCCGGUUUCUCGCAGGCUUCGGACCUCCCGGCCUGGAAGGCCCUCCAAGAGCAUCACAAGACGCUCGGAAAGGACAUUGUGUUGAAGGAGUAUUUCCAGAAGGACCCACAGCGCUUCGAGAAGUUCUCCUACACUUUCACCAAUGAAGCGGACAAAUCGGAAACCCUCUUCGAUUUCUCCAAGAACUUCAUCGAUGAUGAGACCCUCAAGCUUCUCGUCCAGUUGGCCAAGGAGGCCAACCUAGAGGAGCUUCGUGACCAGAUGUUCGCCGGUGAGAAGAUCAACUUCACCGAGGACCGUGCUGUGUACCAUGUUGCUCUCCGCAACACCUCCAACCAGCCGCUGCAGGUCAACGGCAAGAGCGUUGUUGAGGAUGUCAACAGCGUCUUGGAUCACAUGAAGGAGUUCUCCGAGCAGGUCCGCAGCGGAGAGUGGAAGGGUUACACUGGCAAGCCCAUCAACAACAUCAUCAACAUUGGUAUUGGUGGUUCCGACCUCGGACCCGUCAUGGUGACGGAGGCCCUCAAGGCCUACUCCAAGCGCGACUUCAGCAUCCACUUCGUCUCCAACAUCGACGGUACUCACAUCGCUGAGGCCCUGAGGGAAUCUGACCCCGAGACCACCCUUUUCCUCAUCGCCUCCAAGACCUUCACAACCGCUGAGACCACCACCAAUGCCAACACUGCAAAGAAGUGGUUCUUGGAGAAGGCAAAGGAGGCCGACAUCGCAAAGCACUUCGUUGCUCUCUCCACCAACGAGGCAGAGGUCACCAAGUUCGGCAUUGACAGCAAGAACAUGUUCGGUUUCGCCGACUGGGUCGGUGGACGUUACAGUGUCUGGAGCGCCAUUGGCCUCAGCGUUGCCCUCUACAUUGGUUUCGAUAACUUCCAUCAGUUCCUCGCUGGUGCCCACGCCAUGGACAAGCACUUCAAGGAGACUCCCUUGGAGAAGAACAUUCCCGUCCUUGGCGGUCUCCUCAGCGUCUGGUACUCCGACUUCUUCGGAGCCCAGACACACUUGGUCUCUCCCUUCGACCAGUACUUGCACAGGUUCCCUGCCUACCUCCAGCAGCUGUCUAUGGAGUCCAAUGGCAAGGCCAUCACACGUAGCGGAGAUUACGUGAAGUACACCACUGGCCCUAUUCUCUUCGGAGAGCCCGCCACCAACGCUCAGCACUCUUUCUACCAAUUGCUCCACCAAGGCACCAAGCUCAUCCCCACUGACUUCAUCUUGGCUGCUCAGAGCCACAACCCUGUUGAGAACAACAAGCACCAGAAGAUGCUUGCUUCCAACUUCUUCGCUCAGGCCGAGGCUUUGAUGGUCGGCAAGACCCCAGAGCAGGUCAAGGCCGAGGGCGCUCCCGAAAACUUGGUGUCCCACAAGACCUUUUUGGGCAACCGUCCUACAACAUCCAUUCUCGCUGACAAGAUCACCCCUGCCACUCUUGGUGCCCUUAUCGUCUACUACGAGCACUUGACCUUCACCGAGGGUGCCAUCUGGAACAUCAACAGCUUUGAUCAGUGGGGUGUUGAGCUUGGUAAAGUCCUUGCCAAGAAGAUUCUCAGCGAGCUUGAUGACAACAGCGAAUCCACAACUCACGAUGCUUCUACAAGCGGCCUGAUCAAUGCCUUCAAGAAGAAGUCUCAAAAAUGACUGGAUACUGCACCGAAACGGCAGGGAAAAUUAUGAUUAAUGGCCAGAAAAGUACCUCGGGAAGGUGUGGUUCAUAGACUGAAGGUCAAAUAAAUUUAUUUCAAAUGUUCUAAUCAUCUCUGUCUUGAGUCCCAAUGCGUGCUGUGAGCUCUCCAUAGUACCUUGUAGUGUGCACUGAGUACACGGAUUGCGGAGUUAUGUGCGGAGGUCUUCUUUAG